GUCUGCGGAGUGCGUGAGCCGGGUCAGCACUGGCAGGAGGAACAUGCCGGAGAGCGACUUGCAGCGGCGCGGCGAGGAAGGAGAGAAGCAGGUGUCCGGAGCUGGCGUGAUCGCCCAGGCCCUGAAAGAGCAGGAUGUGCUGUACAUGUUCGGUGUGGUGGGCAUCCCGGUGACGGAAAUCGCCGUGGCCGCGCAGGAGCUGGGCAUCAGGUACAUCGGGAUGAGGAAUGAGCAGGCGGCUUGUUAUGCUGCUUCCGCAGUUGGGUAUCUGACUGGCAGGCCAGGAGUGUGCCUUGUGGUUUCCGGCCCAGGUCUCAUCCACGCCCUGGGUGGUAUGGCAAACGCCAACAUGAACUGUUGGCCCUUGCUUGUGAUUGGUGGUUCCUCUGAGAGAAAUCAAGAAACAAUGGGAGCCUUCCAGGAAUUUCCUCAGGUUGAAGCUUGUAGAUUAUAUAGCAAGUUCUCUGCUCGGCCAAACAGCGUUGAAGCUAUCCCCGUUAUUAUCGAAAAGGCGGUGAGAAGCAGCAUGUACGGCCGUCCGGGCGCUUGCUACGUUGACAUACCUGCGGAUCUCGUGACCCUGCCGGUGAACGCAGAGGCCGUGAAGUACAAGGCGUGCUGUCUGCCCCCUCCCAUUAGCAUGGCAGACACGUCGGCGGUGUGCCAGGCCGUAUCGGUCAUUCGGAGUGCCAGACAGCCCCUGCUCGUCAUCGGGAAAGGUGCCGCCUAUGCCCGUGCAGAAGAGAGCGUCAGGAAGUUGGUGGAACAAUGUAAACUGCCAUUUUUGCCCACGCCCAUGGGGAAGGGCGUUGUCCCUGACAACCAUCCACACUGUGUGGCUGCUGCCAGAUCCAGGGCUUUGCAGUUUGCUGAUGUAAUUGUGCUACUUGGUGCCAGACUAAAUUGGAUUUUACAUUUUGGACUGCCUCCGCGCUAUCAGCCAGAUGUGAAGUUCAUCCAGGUUGACAUCUGUGCUGAAGAACUGGGAAAUAACGUAAAGCCUGCUGUGACCUUGCUAGGAGACAUAAAUGCUGUCACCAGGCAGCUUUUGGAACAAUUCAACAAAACAAUGUGGCAGUAUCCCCCAGAGAGUAAGUGGUGGAGAACUCUGAGGGAGAAAAUGGCAAGCAAUGAAGCCGCAUCCAAGGAAUUAGCAUCCCAGAAGUCUGUGCCCAUGAAUUAUUACACAGUGUUCUACAGUGUUCAGGAACAGCUACCCAAAGACUGCUUUGUAGUAAGUGAAGGAGCAAACACGAUGGACAUUGGACGCACCGUGCUUCACAACUACCUUCCUCGGCACAGGCUUGAUGCUGGUACUUUUGGAACAAUGGGAGUCGGUUUGGGAUUUGCGAUUGCAGCUGCUCUAGUGGCUAAAGAUAGAAGCCCGGGGCAGCGGGUCAUCUGUGUGGAGGGAGACAGCGCCUUUGGAUUUUCUGGCAUGGAGGUGGAGACCAUCUGCAGGUACAACUUGCCAAUUGUGAUUUUGGUGGUGAAUAAUAAUGGAAUUUACCAAGGUUUCAAUGAAGAUACCUGGAAAGAAAUGUUAAAGUUUCAAGAUGCUGCUGUGGGGGCCCCUCCAAUGUGUCUCCUCCCAAAUUCGCAUUAUGAGCAGGUCAUGACUGCAUUUGGAGGCCAAGGGUAUUUUGUGCAAACACCGGAAGAACUUCAGAAAUCCCUGAAGCAGGCACUGGCAGACACAACUAAACCCUCUCUUAUCAACAUCAUGAUUGAGCCACAGAGCACAAGGAAAGCCCAGGAUUUCCACUGGCUCACGCGCUCUAAUAUGUAAAUGAAGAUGCUGAUGGAGGUCUGCAAGAUCACAUUUUACUUCUCACAGCAAAAUUGCAAUCAAGUUGUAAUUGUACAAAGAAGAAAGAGAGUUCAAUAAAAAUGAAAGAGUACUAGCAG